CGAUUCAGCGGGGCCGGCGCAGACACCGGACCCGGCUUUAGCAAUACGCUAAUUUCAGCUGGCAGCUAUCACCAACGUCCAGUCGUCGAGGCUAAUCAUUAGCUUUGAGACGGCCACGUCCUGGAAAUCCCUACGCGAACCUGCUCAAUUUGAAUCGGUUAGAUCUACUACACCAACCUUGUUCGAGAUCUUGGCAACGUCCUCCUCGGCCGUAUAAUGUCGACCUCGAAGGCCAUACUGCUGUGUCUUUUCACAUUCGUCAUGGCAGGGCUAUUUCGGCUACGUCGGUCGCGACGCAAUAUCCCGGUCGAUCCCAGCGGGGUGUCUUUCGCAGGGAAGACGGUGCUUCUGACCGGAGCAACAUCCGGACUGGGAUUCGAGGCGGCUGUCAAGCUCCUCAGCCUGGGCGUGGACUCACUCAUCAUAGGCAGUCGUAACCUGCAAAAAGGCCACGCGACCAAGACGGAGCUUGAACGACGCACCGAUAGACCGGGUGUGGUGCAAGUGUGGCAGCUGGAGAUGAACAGCUUCCAGAGCGUCAAGAUCUUUGCCGAGCGUGUGAACAACGAAGUGAACCAGUUGGAUAUUGCAAUCCUCAACGCGGGUCUAUGGAAUCGAGACUACACCGUAUCGCCGGAAGGAUGGGAGGAGACGCUGCAGGUCAACGCUCUCUCGACAUCCCUACUGGCAUUCCUCCUCCUCCCCAAGCUGAGACGCAGCUCGACACCGACGCAGCCAACACAUCUUACAGUGGUCUCCAGCCAACAGUUCGUUCGGGUCAAGGCGCAGAACCUCCGAACGGAAGAGCCGUUACUCAAGCAUCUGAACGAUCCCCGCAAUUUCAUAGGCCGCCGGCAGUACGGAAUCUCCAAACUUUUGCUCGAGUAUAUGCUCAAGAUGGCUGCCGGUAUGGUUCGCCAGGAAGACGGGACGGUGCCCGUGAUCAUCAACUCCGUAAGUCCCGGGUUUUGUGCCUCGUCACUCGGGCGGCAGUAUCGUAGAUUUUACGAGCGAUGGCUGUCUUGGCUGGCGUAUAAACUCUUUGCGCGCACAGCUGAGCAAGGCAGCCGAUCGCUGGUGAGUGCCACUUACCAAGGGGUGGAGUCUCACGGGAAGUGUUGGAGAAACGAUGGAUAUCUAGACGAAUCGAUCGCGUUGACAACGGGAGCGGAAGGACAGCAGUUUCAGAACAUUGCUUGGAACGAGAUCGCGUCUAUUUUGAAUGAACAGAAGGAGGGGCUGGAGCAGUUGGUCGGAGGUUCGUGACGGCGCCUAGGCUUCCCCGGUCUUGUGGCCUCUGCGAAUGACAUCGCAAGGCUGAGCACCUUUGACACGAAGUCUUUAAAUCUUCUGAAUCACUGGCUCUGAACACAGCCUCUCAGCGACUCAACCCUAGUUUUGUAUAGUAUU